AUGGCAUUCUCGUGCUUUCAUCACCUUCUUCCUCUAGCAGUACUACUGUCAUUGACACUAACCCAUGUAGUGAAAGGGAAUCAAGUUUUUGAUCAAAUUUUUGAUUAUGCGAAACGAGCUGGAGUACUGAAGCAAUCAGCAAAUGGCUGCAAUUUGUUUCAAGGGAGUUGGGUUGUUGAUGAUGAAUAUCCACUUUACAAUGCUUCAAGCUGUCCAUUCAUUGGUUUCAAUUGCAUAAAGAAUGGUAGACCUGAUCAACAGUACCUCAAGUAUAGAUGGAAGCCUACUGGUUGUGACCUUCCAAGAUUCAAUGGCCUAGAUUUCAUGGAAAGAUACAGAGGGAAAAAGAUUAUGUUUGUGGGAGAUUCCCUAAGUAACAAUAUGUGGCAAUCCCUUACAUGCAUGCUGCAUGUUGCAGCCCUAAAUUCCAAAUACACCUUGACACAAGCAGGGUCGCUUUCCACAUUUUACCUCGAGGAAUAUGAACUGUCGGUUGUGUUUCUGAAAAAUGGGUUCAUAGUGGACUUGGCUUAUGAAAAAAUAGGCAAAGUCCUUAAACUUGACUCCAUCGGCACUGGCAACCUUUGGAAAGGAGUAGACAUGUUGAUCUUCAACACAUAUCACUGGUGGACUCAUUCCGGCGGCUCUCAGACAUGGGACUACUUUCAAGUGGGACAAAAGGUAGUGAAAGAAAUGGAUCACUUGGAGGCAUACAAGAUUGCAUUAACAACUUGGGCUAAAUGGGUUGAUUCCAACAUUGAUUUUUCAAAGACCAAAGUCUUUUUUCAAGGGGUUGCUGCAGUUCAUAUUGAUGGAAAGGAAUGGAAGGAACCAAAAGCAAGAACUUGCAGAGGACAAGCCCAACCAUUGAUGGGAACUAGUUAUCCAGGCCCAAGUCAUCCAGGAGAAGCUAUUGUGAAGAGUGUGUUGAGUACAAUGGCAAAACCAAUUUACUUGCUUGACAUUACAUUGCUCACACAGCUAAGAAAAGAUGGGCACCCUUCAAUUUAUGCAGGCAUGGGUUCCAAAUUUGUGGACUGCAGCCACUGGUGUCUUCCUGGUGCUCCUGAUGCUUGGAAUGAACUUCUAUAUGCAGUUUUGAACUUUUAA